GCCUUCGCCACCAACUUGCAGACCUAGCCUGGUGAAAGUCAACGCCAUCUCUGGCGCCGCUGAGGCGGCGUGCCUUAUCCUUAGCGUCGACGAGACCGUCCGCAAUCCUCAGAGCAAACAGGUACACUGAUUCCUCAUGCUCUAAAGUAUGUUGCAAUGCUCACGGAAACAAUCCGCUAUAACGCCAUCCUCCGAGCGAACACGCAAUAGUCGCCAUCAUUUGCGACUCCAAGCGUGGAGGUUAUGAAGUGUUUUUGCAUUUCUUGGAAGAUGGAUAUACCGUUCCGAAGAUCUAUCAGAUCCACUAUCUAGUCUUUCGUCAGUAUAAGAAGCUCGCCAUGAGAAAUGAGGAAGAUCGAAGGACCAGCCACCUGCACCUCCCCCGUCGUUCAGACAGAACUCGGUCCCUUUGUGUUCUCGCUUCUUUUGGGACACACUGAUGUCUACCGUCCUCGCGCGCGUAGAUCCUCAAGGGCGCUCUGCCUUGGACGACGUUGAUCCCGACCAGAAGGACCUGCAGGAUUUCAGCCCCUCUUCCAGCACUGCUGACAUCCCUGCCUUGGGUGCUCCCUUUGAGUACAAACGGUCAUUCUUCUCUUGGGUAGGAGAGAAGAGAGACCUUGAUGCAAUCGCAACACAAGCUUCGGUCUUCGACGAUCCCCUCACGCUUGAGACAUACCGUCCUCCCAAGGAGUACGAAAAUUCUCACCGGUUCGACCCAAAUGCGCGAUGGACAUGGCGAGAAGAGGCGCGUAUUGUCCGCAAGAUAGACUGGCGUAUCAUGGUUUGGGCCUUUAUCAUGUUCUUCAGCUUAGACUUGGACCGUUCCAACAUUUCGCAAGCCAAUACCGACAACUUCCUGGAGGAUUUGAAUCUCACCACUGAUGAUUUCAAUUUGGGGAACACCCUCUUUAAGUUGUGCUUCUUGUCAGCUGAGCUUCCGUCUCAACUUCUUUCCAAAAGAGUCGGUCCGGACAUGUGGAUUCCCAGUCAGAUGGUCCUGUGGAGUUUCGUCUCCGCUGGUCAAUUUUGGCUGAAAGGCAGAGGUUCCUUCUUGGCUACGAGAUGUUUGCUAGGAUUCAUGCAAGGUGGAUUCAUACCCGACGUCAUCUUAUAUUUGUCCUAUUUCUAUACCAAGAACGAAUUGCCCAUUCGCCUUGCGUAUUUCUGGAUAUCCAACUACAUGUCACACAUCAUUGGUGCCUUCAUAGCAACUGGUAUUCUUCGUAUGCGAGGGGUCGGAGGUCAUGCUGGCUGGAGGUACCUGUUCCUCAUAGAAGGCAUUUUGACCCUGUUGGUUGGCCUGUUGUCUUUCGUUCUAAUGCCACCCGGUCCAACUCAAACGAAGGCUUGGUAUCGACCCAAGGGGUGGUUUACUGAUCGGGAAGAGACUAUUAUGGUCAACAGGGUUUUGCGUGAUGAUCCAUCUAAAUCCGAUAUGCACAAUCGUGAAGGUCUGCAAAUCAAGAAAAUCUGGCAGGUUAUCCGGGACUGGAGGAUAUGGCCCAUUUACAUCCUCGGUCUAGUUCACUUGAUUCCCGUCAGCCCUCCACAGACCUACCUGACGUUGUCCCUUCGAAAUCUCGGAUUUGAUACCACACAGGCCAACUUGCUCAGUAUACCAUCCACCGUACUGGGCAUCAUCACCCUCCUCAUAUUCUGCUAUCUUAGCGAGAUUGCUGACAGCCGUGUCGGAAUUUGCGUUCUUCUUCAAUUCUGGGCUUUGCCGCUGCUCAUUGCCCUGUACACAUUCGACGAGACUACGUCACAAUGGGUUUACUUCGCUGUGGUGACACUUAUUACCGCUUUCCCAUAUAUACACCCACUGCAAGUCGCUUGGGCCUCCACGAACUCGUACAGCGUUGGCACGAGAACGGUCUCUGCGUCUCUCUACAACAUGUUCGUCCAAACGGGUGGUAUCAUCUCCUCGAACAUCUACCGGAAUGACGAUAAGCCGCUAUACAAACGCGGCAAUCGUAUUUUGAUUGGGAUUUGUGUUGGAAAUAUCUUCAUCUACCUCUUGACGUACUUGUUCUACCGCACAGUCAACCAGCGGAGGGAGAGGAUCUGGGACGCCAUGACGCCGAAGGAACGCCAAGAAUACUUAGACACCGCCAAGGACACGGGAAAUCAGCGAUUGAACUUUAGGUUCUCUUACUAAUGAAUAGACAUGGCUGCAAUGAACCCUCCGAUACCUCCUUACUAGUUAAGGCUGGCGAAUUUUAUCUGUACCUAUCUGCGUUUAUUUUUUAAACUCGAAAACACAUUUUAUAUGCCUCAUUCUACAUCGGGAGUUGCGAGAACAGGAUCGGCGGCUCGUCUAAGAUCACUGUGUUUGUC